AUGAGGCGAGCUUGCAGGCACAGAGCAAAUCUGGUGUGGUUUCUGCUGGGAAAUCGAGAAGCUCCAGUCAUCAUGGUCAACUUUUCCUCGCUUGUUAUCGCAGUUGCACUUUUGGUCAACUUGGUCGAUCACUCAGCGACGUUCGCUUUGCCUACGAAUAGAAUGAAAGACGAUACAGCAAACCAGAAUAGCAUUAGUGCAGUGAUGGAUGACGAUGCCAUGAACGUAGCAGGUCCUAGUGGGUUCUCUCCCAGAAGAUUUCCUCUCAUAGAAGGAAGGCUGGCUGAUGAAGAUGGGAUAAAGAAGAUCUUCAUCCUUUCAGUAAGUGUAGGUCGGAAAAGGGGGGGGGUAUGGGGAGAAAAAAAGAAAAGAAAGAUAGACUCAGGCUUUCUUUCAUACAACAGAUCCCCAAAGAGGAAACAGUGGUUUGUGUUUAGUUUUGUGAAUGAGACUGCUUGUGUAAGGUGGUCAGAAGAGAAGGUCAUCGACCCACAGACGCCGCUUGGUAAUUGUCAAAUGAUCUAUUCCACUCAGGAUUUAGGAUCAAAAGGGGCUUCUGGGAGUGACGCAAGCUCUGGUUUUGGCCGAGCCUUCCCCGUGCUAUCACCAUGGAGAAUCGACCGCGCUCUUGCUGCAACUCAGAAGGAUGAGUGGCAUGAUGCAGAUGAUCUCAUCCCCAUGGCCAAGAGAAACACGGACAAUAAGAUGCUUCGGUGCAUGAUUGGGAGGGUGUACCGGCCAUGCUGGCAAGCUUGAAGAUGGAAAGAAGACCAAGCCAUGAUGUACCUAAUGACUUGAUCUGGUUAUGUUCUUCUAAAUAUAUAUACACAGAACCAAAAAAAAG